CAUAAAGUCGUUUUCCAUCUUCAUCUCUCCCACUGCAACCCAUCACCUGUUUUCUCAUCCAUCAUUAAAUCUCUUUUUGGUUGAACUCCAACUCUUGUUUUUUCCAUGGAUGUCGCGGCGGAUUGCGCUGCAAAGGGUGCUGCUCACUCUCGUGAUCAGCUCCCACAAAAUCUCGAUUCUUUGGCAAACGUAAUGGAGGAACUCAAGCAUGUCUAUCAAGAUGUGAAAGAAAGGGUGAAGCGUGAAGAGCAAUUUCAGAACAAGCGUACUCGUGAAGUGGAUGCCUGGCUCUGCAGUGUGGAAAACAUGGAAAGGGAAGUGAACGAGUUAAUGGUAAAAAGCGAUAUAGAAAUCCAGAAGAAAUGUCUCGGAUCCUGCUGUCUCACAAACUGCCGUUCCAGUUACAAGCUUGGGAAAAUGAUUAGAGAAAAGGUGGCUGCUGUGGCGGAACUACAGAGCAGAGCAGAUAAUUUGGACGAGGUGCCUGUCCCGUUUAUUCGUCCAGCGGUGAAUGAGAUGCCUAUGGAAAAGUCUGUGGGCUUAGAUUUGUUGUUUGACAGGGUUUGGAGAUGGCUCGAAGAUGAACAAGUGGGAACUAUCGGAAUAUAUGGCGUAGGGGGUGUGGGGAAAACGACUCUCUUGGCAAAAAUCAACAACGGGGUCUUGAAAAGGAACAAUGAAUUUGAUGUAGUAAUUUGGAUUACUGUGUCCAAAGGAGAAACGAUCGAGAGGGUUCAGGAACAGAUUCUGAAUAGAUUGGAUGUUCCUGAUUACAAAUGGAAAGAUAGGAGCCAGGAUGAAAAGGCUUUGGAAAUAUUUCAAGUUUUGAAAACAAGAAAAUUUCUGCUCUUUUUAAAUGAUAUAUGGGAGCGGCUUGACCUCAUGGAAGUGGGGAUUCCUCCUCUAAAUAAUCAAAAUAAGUCCAAACUAGUACUUACGACGCGCUCUCAACAGGUUUGCCACCAAAUGGAAGUUCAGAAGAUGGUUGAAGUAAAGUGCUUGGGAGAGGAGGAAGCCUUUGCUCUGUUUCAGGCCAACGUAGGAGAAGAUACUUUAAAUUCCCAUCCACAGAUACCAAAUCUUGCUAGAAUUAUUGCCCAAGAGUGCCACGGUUUGCCUCUUGCCCUCGUUACCAUAGGACGAGCAUUGGCCGGAAGUACAGCUCCAGAAGAAUGGAAGAUGAAAGCACAAAUGUUCAAGAAUCAGUCAUAUGAGUCUCAACGUCUAUACUCAGUUUUAGAAUGGAGUUAUGAUAAGUUGCCUAGUGAUACCAUCAAAUCAUGUUUCAUCUAUUGCUCUUUAUUCCCCGAGGAUCAUGAAAUUUGUUGUGAUCAGCUGAUAGAACUUUGGAUUGGGGAGGGAUUCUUGGAUGAAUUUGAUCAUAUACAUGAAGCAAGAAACCAAGGAGGUAUCAUCAUUGAGCAUUUACAGCAUGCAAAUCUAUUGCAGAAUGGUAUAUCUGAGAAAUAUGUGACAAUGCACGACCUAAUUCGUGAUUUCUCCUUGUGGAUAGCUGGUGAGAGCGGGAGGAAGAAGAAAUUUGUGGUACAAGAAGAGGUUGAAUCCAUUGAAGCUGACAAAGUGGCAACAUGGAAGGAGGCACAGAGGAUAUCAUUGUGGGACUGUAAUGUGGAAGAGCUGAAAGAGUCACCAUCUUUCCUCAAUCUUGAGACAUUGAUGGUAUCGUGUAAGUUCAUAUCAUGCCCAAGUGGACUCUUUGGGUAUAUGCCUCUCAUAAGAGUUUUGGACUUGUCCAAAAAUUUUGGAUUGAUUGAGUUACCAGUGGAGAUUGAUAGGUUAGCAAGCUUGCAGUAUCUUAAUUUGUCCUACACACAGAUAGUAAAGCUGCCAAUCCAGCUCGAGAAACUGUCAAAACUAAGGUGUUUGAUAUUGGAUGAGAUGCAUCUGCUUCGAAUAAUUCCUCGUCAACUGAUAUCAAAGCUUUCAUCGUUGCAGCUGUUUAGUAUUUUCAAUUCCAUGGUUGCCCAUGGAGAUUGUAAAGCCCUAUUGAAGGAGUUAGAGUGUUUGGAGCAUUUGAAUGAGAUCUCCAUCCGUCUAAAACGUGCUCUCCCCACCCAAACAUUAUUCAAUUCCCACAAGUUGAGAAGGAGCAUAAGACGGCUAAGCCUGCAAGACUGUGCCGGCAUGAGCUUUGUCCAACUGUCCCCUCAUCUACAGAUGCUUGAAAUCUAUGCAUGUUCUGAACUGAGGUUUGUGAAAAUCUCUGCAGAAAAGGAAGGCCCAUCUGAUAUGGUCCAUCCAAAUUUCCCAAGCCACCAAUAUUUCUGCAAGCUUCGUGAAGUAGAGAUAGUUUUUUGUCCAAGAUUGUUGAACUUGACAUGGCUUGCUCACGCUCAAAACCUUCUGUCCCUGGUUGUUAGAAACUGUGAGUCUCUGGAAGAAGUGAUAGGAGAAGGUGGUGGAGUGGCAGAAAUUGAACAAGAUUUGGUGGUCGUAUUCUCAGGACUCAAAACUCUCCAUUUGUGGAGUCUACCAAAGCUAAAGAGUAUAUAUGGAAGACCCCUGCCAUUUCCUUCCUUGAGGGAGUUUAAUGUGAGAUUCUGUCCAAGUCUUAGGAAGCUGCCUUUUGAUUCUGAUACCUGGGCUAGUAAAAAUCCAUUGAAAAUCAAGGGAGAAGAAGAAUGGUGGGAUGGACUCGAGUGGGAGGAUCAAAACAGUGCUAAGCUCUCUCUCUCUCCAUGUUUCGUGCCUGUGAGGUGGUGAUGAUGGACUGGUGGUGGAAUCAAUCUGUUUUCUGUUGUACAUUUC